GGUCCCAAUGGAUAUGACAAGGGGGAGCUUGGAUAAAAUUUCACAGCCUGCAUGUAGCUCAAGAGCUUACCCCAGCUGCAGGCGUUUAAGUGUCUCUGUGGAGUUACUGGCACCAGAACCUUUUUUGCCAAAGGUUGGUUCACCUGUCAGUUUGGGUGUUAGUCAUCAAAGAAGCUUGGAAGACUGCUGUCUAGAAGAAAACAAAGGAUAUGUCUCUAACUCAGAUUCUGGAGAUGAGACACAGACUUCAGUAUUUUGUGAACCUUCCCAAGGAAAAAUAAGUAAUGCAAAAGAAGCAAACUCUUCCAAGUUAUUGGAUUCUGAAAAGGCAGAAGGAGAUCCUCAGAUUCAAGCAGCUAUAAGGAAAAUGAAUAAGCUUGACACAAUACUGGCAAAAAGACAUGUUAAAGAGAGAGCAGUUAAAAAACAAGGCAAGGAAAUGAGAGCAAAGCUCUGGGAAGAACUUAAGUCUGUCAGUACCAUGGGAAUCCAUGAGGAGAUAGAAAACACAAAACUCUUCUUAACUUUGAUCUCAUCGUGGCAGGAUACAACUGAUUCCUCUCAUGUUAAACAGGAUGAAACACACACGUUGCUAUUUCACUCACAAAUUAGUCCAGAAGAUUAUGCCUUCCAUAAAACCCAGCAUAAUAAAAAUUAUCCAAGUGAAAUUGAAACAAACAAAUUCCUGAAUCAAGCAGAAAAAACAACACAGAAUAAAAGUAAAAGCAGUCAGCAUUUCAUUAAAAAGAAUGUAGAGCUAGCAAAGGAUUCAGGAAAACAGGUACCUAUGCUUGAAGAAGAAAGGAAAAGGUUAAUUGAACUCUUGAAAGAUACAAAAGAUGAAAGUACACUGCAAGAUCUUGAGGAUGAUGUAUGUGGCUGGCUAGCACCAGGAGAAGGGUACACACCUGAACCGAUGGAAUUUCAUCACCUAAAUGAGAUAGACAGGAAGCUUCAAAUACUACUAUCUAAUGGUGAUUAUUCUACAAUUUCCAGGUCUUGCUCAAAUCCUCCAAGCCAGAUUUAUCAGGAGUCUCUGGUUUAUGCAAACAGAAACCUAGAAGUAGUUCCAGGUGAAAAGGUUCUACGAGACAAUAAAGAAUAUCGUGAUCAACAAAACCGUCUGAAAGAAAUAGAUCAUCAGCUGAAAUCUUUAGAGAGAAAUUUUAUUGAAGAGAAAACGGGCCUCUCUGAAGAGCAGCUUAAAACCCUUCUGGAAGAAUGUAUGCAGCCUCAGAGAACAAUAAGCAACGUUUCCAUGCCAGAGUCUCAGGAAUCUCUUUCUUGUGGAUUAAGUCCCCCUUGUUACACAAGUCAAGACUCCAUUCUUCACUCCACAUCUACUCUUUCCAAAAUGUUAGUUGAAGGCCAUAUUGUAGGGAUGUUAACAGCUCUGGAAAAGGCUGGACUUGAAGACAAAAGCUUAUGUGUUAAUGCUGAGAGUGAAAUCCCUAGCUACUAUAUCAGCAAAGCAUUGGCUGAUAGUCACUUAUCAAAGGAUUCACUGGCCCAAACAGAGGAACCUGAUGACCUAGAAGGUUUACAGAAGAUGAGAGAUAAGAGUAUUACUGAAGGUUACUUUAUGUCAAGAGCACUGGACACUGAAAGGCUGAAGAAACCUUCUUUCUUGGGUGAACCAUUAUACUGCAUCAGCAUGAACAAUGAGCCAUCCACAGAGCCUGACAUUCUCAGCAUACCACUGCAAACCAAAGGAGAUGAUACGAAGAUUGAAAGUUGAGGAGAAAGUGACCAUUUGCUUCAGCACACAGCUUUUCUAAAUAUGUCAUUAGACUUCCACCAGUAAUAUUUUCAUUCAUUUCAGAUACUCCAGAGGGAAUUAAUUCUCACUGAAAACUUUUCCAUGACAUAAUCAAUUCUUAAGAGAAAAUUAUUAUCGUAUAUUGUUGCAGUUUGAUUUCAAAGUAUAUAAUCUUGCACUUCAUUAAAUUUCAUGAGAGUAUAAUAAAUAAUUAUACACGUGCAUAAUAGUUGUACAUAUGAUUUUGUGUAUCUAUCUAUCUGAUAGAUAUGCAAGUAGGUGUAAAAUAUAUAGAAUAGUUUGUUGUUGUUUUCCUUACACACGAUGUACUGUUUGCAUGAAGUCAGCUUGAACCUGGUCUCAGUGAUCUCAGUACAGUUUAUUGCCUGUGAGCCCUGCCUGAGUGAAUGACACAA